UUAGUGCAUUGAGGGCGCAGUUGUCACCGAUCAAUCUCGGUUGCAUUUGUAUGUAUGCAGUUUAUUCUGCAAUUUGGUGAGCUUUAGUGUGCUGUACUUCCAUGCAUAUUGUGUUAUUUUUCGUUAACAUUUCUUGAAGCGUGGUGAUUGUUGAUUACAUCGUUCGGAAGGUAUACUAGUAUUUAAAUUCGAAGAGCAUUGAAAUCAACACAUUUACCAAGAUGACGGUCAUCACAAAGGCUAUUUGCGAAAAGAAGACGGAUAAAAUGGAAAAACCAUUGUUUGUUGAAGAAAAUGCAACGGAAGAUGCAAAGGGAGAUCCAGAAGCACAAGUUCAGAAAACUGAUGUGGGCGGGCAUUGCAUUAUCUCUAGGAAAAAUGUACAUCGUUUUCAUGUUACACCAAUACCAUUAUUAUUUCUUGUUGCAUUGAUGAUUCUAAUAAUUGGUGUUACUGGAGGUCUAUACAUAUAUAGACAAUAUAGAACACAAAUGCACAGAUUUAGAACUGGAUGGUAUAGCAUUCCCUACGAUAGUUCAAACAAACCAUAUAACAAUAAUGCAGUUCAUCAAGGAUUAUUAGCAGACUCUGAUUUGUUUAAAAGUUUAACAAGAGUUGCAAAUCAAGAUGCAAUGAAUACUGAAAAAAAUGUGGAUAAUGACAAUAGGAAAAACUCAUUUUUCAAGGAGCGAUUUGAAUUUGAUUUAGAGAACGAGCAUUAUGAGAAAAUUUAUGUGCCUGAUUUUCGUGGUGGACUUAGAGGCAGAUUCAUCUAUGAUUUUAACAUUAACAAAACUGGGAUUGUUGAUAUUAAGAGACAAUGCUGUUUUGUAAUGCCAUUAAAUCGUGAAAGAGUUUUACCACCACGUAAUAUGUAUGAUCUUCUAAGAAAAAUGUAUAAUGGUUAUUAUAAACUAGAUACUAAAGUUGUUAGAGAAACAAUGAGAGUAGUAUUUCCGGCAAUCACUGAUGAGUCUGUUGUUGGAACAUAUAUAGCUCAUGAAUGUCACGGUUUACCUAUAUAUAUGUUGACAACAGUAAAUUCAAAUGUUGUCAAACGCAGCAUAUCAAAUGGUAUAUUUGGACAGUUCGCAGGAAAAACUAUUGUAGAACUAAAUAUUUUGAACUUAGGUGAAGUUGAUAAAUAUGAAAAAAGUUCAGAAAAAUGAAGAAAAGGAAUUUAUAAUCAUUCAUAAUAGAAUAUUUACUACUGGUAGAUCAACGUAUAAACAUAUUAUCCAACUCAGCAAACUUAGGUAAAUUUUUCGUAAAUACCUGGAAAAUAAUUCUUAUUCCCUUUAAUUGCUUUUUCUUUAAGGAUUUUCCGAUCAAUAGCUACUCACUCUUAAACAUACAUUCACUUUCAGGAUAUUCUUAAGUCUUCCCGUCAUUCCAUACUUUAGCUUUGAAUCAGUAAAGCUGUACUAACAAUAAAGUAUUAUUAAUUAAUGUAUAUGUAUUUAACAUUUCAUUAGAGUUGAAUUCAGUAACAGACCAAAUAUACGUGUCUGAUAUAAUUACAAGUCUAUUAUGUUUUAACACAAAUUUAGUUAAGUUCUUUGAAACAUUGAUGGUGCUUAUGAAUAAGGUAAAAAUGGAUUUUCAUGUUUGUUUACUUUUUAUGCUAAAAUUCUGUAAUGUACAAUUUUAGUAACAUAUAAAAAUACAUGUUGAAAUCGUUGUAUACUCAAAACAUAUCGCACAAGUGAUUUAUUCAUACUUGUACAAACUCGCAUUUACUUGAUUUUUCCAGUUGAAUACUAAUUCCACGCAUAUCAUGGAUUUUAACAUUUUUAUCAAAACACUUUUUUUAUAAGCAUAUUUAAAGUCAAUGAUUAUGUGAAGACCAAUUACAGUAUGUUCAUAUUGUAUCAAUACCUUUUAGUAAUAAAUGCAUUAGCAGAUUUUUUUUUAGUAGGUAAUAGUAAAUAUUGUAUAACAAUACAUGUGAUCUAUUGAAAGAAGUUUAAUAUUAAAAUAUGUACCGAAGAUGAUAAAAUAUGGAUAAUAAAGUUGCUGUGACCAAAUUAAUAGUGUGGGAAUUUAAAAUUAAAGCAUGCGAUUAGGUGGUUCUAUAUUAAACUUCCUUUCUAUUUUAUAACAUUUUUGCUAGAAAUUUUAGUUGGGUCAAUGCAUUCUACUUAAAAGUCUUUCAAGAUAAUGGAAAGAAGUAAAGGGUAUAGUGUUAUUUUAUCAAGUUUAUUUGUUUUGUAUAACACGUAUACGCAUGACAUUCAGUUAUCCAACUAGGUAUUUAACAAUUAUAAUGUAAGUUUAUUAAAUACACGCAAAAUUACUUUACAUACUUUACAGAAAAAUUGGAAACUGCCUUUCCAAUUUAGCUACCUUACUACGUGUAUACGAAACUUGAAAAAGCACUUUCUUCAUUAUAAAGGAAUCCUUUUAUUUUAAGAUAUUCAUGUAAAUUUACAAUAUUAUUCAACACUUUUUAAUAUUAAUUAUGUUUAUUAUUUAAUGUAUAUUUUGUAUUUUACACUACAUUUAUAAAUCUGUAUGAACAAAAUACUAUGAAAUAAAUAUUUACUUGUGUUUUGAAAGAUACAAUAAUAAAAUUAAUUUCUAAUUCUCUGAUUUUUUUGUAUGUCGAUCUAUUAUUCUUAGAGCAUAAUUAUAUGAUAUUCUUUUGUUAAAAAUAACUUCUUGUAAUGAGAUAACCAUUAUAAAUUAUCCUAUAUAGGAGACAUAUAAACAUUUAUAAAUUCAUUCCUUCAUUAUAAAAUAACUUACAAAACAUUAACAUAAAUAUUUUAAUAUUGUUUUUUAUUUAGCUAUUGACUAAAAAU